CAUCGGCAUUGCUCGGAAGACCUCAUUAGAUUAAGCGCAAGCGAUUAACGCCUGCGUUGCACUUCGAUCCUGAUAAUAGGGCAGCAAAAGCACUGCCCAUUCAUCGGAAAGACAACUGAUCGGUUCGUGUGGAGAGACACCAUCAGCCUCAGUUGUUGGCGAUUGCUUGCAGCAGCAACAGCCACGUACAUUACAUCCUCUUGUGCCAGUGAAGAUGAAGUGUGUUCAAACAGUUGUCUCCGUUGUGCUUCUGCUGGCCCUGUGCCUGCACGCGGCAUCUGCUGAAGUGGUGAACUUUAAGAAAUGUCCUGGUGAAGCUACAGAGAAAUGUACAAUUCACGAGGUUUCGAUCACACCAUGCCCGGAAGCUGAGGAAGGUCGUGCCUGUACCGUGUAUCGCGGAACGAACGUCAGCAUAACAUUCGAUUUUACACCCGAAUUCGCUGCCAAUGAUCUCACGGCCGAUGUGUCCUGGACGAAGCCAAGCUUUGAUCUACCCUUCGUUGGCAUGGAUACGGCCGCCUGUAAACAUACAAGCUGCCCUGUCACAUCAGGCACUCGGCAAACGUACGCCUACAACUUGCCCAUCAAGAAGACCUAUCCUCCGCAACAUUACGACGUUAAGUGGAAGCUGACGAGCGAGAACAACGAUUCCUGCUGCUUUAUUGUAAUGAUCAACAUCACCAAGAAGACCAAGCGCACUUAGGACGAUUACAGAAUGAAACCAACAUUCAAUUAUGGCCGCUGAUCAUGCUUUAUGGGUCGUUAAAGUGUCCACACCACGGUUUUUUAAAGCGCUAGAACAAUACAUUCGUUGUAAUUGCGCCAGCAAACCAUGUAAUAAACGGUUGAAAUUAGUUGAAGAUCAAUAAAACGGCCGCCAACGGACUAAUCUAUCUGGCUGGCUGUAGUCCGUCACAGUC